AUGACUGCCCCACGCAGAAGCGGCCGAGCUUCCGCCUCGUCCAGGAGAAGCCAUCGGAAGUCUCGCUUGGGCUGCGCUAACUGCAAGAGGCGGAGGAUCAAGUGCGACGAGAAGAAGCCGUCUUGUACCAAUUGUGUGCAGCACUCAAUCCGCUGCGAUUUCGCUCCGGCUUCUUCAUCCGUUGAUUCAAGCCCUGGCCAUGUUCUUGGCCCCGCCGCGCCUUCUCCCGCCGCGCCUUCUUCCGCCGUGCCUUCUCCACCAUCUCUCAAGUCGCCGCCUGCUCGAGCAGACGUUGGAUCGCCAGCCUCCGGCCUUGAACUCAUCGAACUUGAACUCUUGCAAAACUAUCUCACCAACACAUGCCUGAGCCUUGGUAGCUCUUACCUUUGGGUUUGGCAAAAAACAAUCCCUCAGCUGGGCUUCUCCCAUCACUACGUCUUGCAACUCCUGCUCGCCUUCUCGGCAUACGAUAUUGCCCGCCGCGAUCCUGCACGCUCAGACUUCCUCCGUGGCUUGGCUGACCAAUAUCAGCAUGCAGCGGUCCAGACAGUGACAGGCCUGCUUCCACACUUGAAUGCAGAAAAUUCCGAUCCACUUUAUGUCUCUUCGGUGUUGAUCUGUUCGCUAUCCUUUGCCAAAGGCCCAUCUCCUGGAGACUACCUCAUGAUCAGUGACCGGGGCGCCUCGGACUGGAUGGUCCUGAACCGCGGGACGCGCUCCAUCCUUCAAUUGCAAAAGAACGCUCUGUGGGCGGGGCGCCUUUCUUUCAUGUUGCGAGCAGCUGGUCGUGCACUUCGCGUUGCCUUCACCGAGGGCCCCAAUCCAGAAAUCAACGAGCACACCCGCGAAUUCCGUCGCUACCUCGUCGGCUUGGCUCUCACUGAACCGAACACAACCACCUACCUGGCCGCUUGGGACCGCCUUGUACGUACGCUGAAGGCGAUGCUCGACGAGUCGGACGAAGGAAAAGUACAGAAUGCCGUCACCUUCGUCUUCUCGUGGGUCUACUGCCUGGAAGAGAACUUCAUUCUCUGUCUCCAGCAGCAUCAACCGCUUGCCCUUGUCAUUCUCGCCUACUUUGUGGUCAUGUUGCACGUCUCGCGCCAUCAGUGGUUCAUCGAGCAUUGGCCGGAGCAUAUCAUGGCAGGUAUCGUCCACCACAUCCCCGACGACCAUAAACACUGGAUACGGUGGCCCGCAACACAGAUCGGGUGGAACGUCUGA